UUGGGAGCUUGGGCAAUGGUGGAGACCAAGAAAAGAAGGAACAAUGGUCGUGCUAAAAAGGGCCGUGGCCACGUGCAGCCUAUCCGCUGCACUAACUGCGCCCGAUGUGUACCCAAGGAUAAGGCCAUUAAGAAGUUUGUCAUUCGAAACAUAGUAGAGGCCGCCGCCGUAAGGGACAUUUCCGAAGCCAGUGUCUUCGACGCUUACGUGCUCCCUAAGCUGUAUGUAAAACUGCAUUACUGUGUGAGCUGUGCCAUUCACAGCAAGGUAGUCAGGAAUCGAUCUCGUGAGGCAAGGAAGGACCGAACGCCCCCACCCCGAUUUAGGCCUGCGGGUGCUGCCCCACGACCUCCACCAAAGCCCAUGUAAGGAGCAAAGUCCUUACAGACUGAAGAAAAAUUGUUCUCUGGAAAAAAGUAAAAAUAAAAUGGAAAU